AUGCCGGUGUUCGCGAAAGAUCGCCGGCUCGCGGAAGCGUACAUGCGAGGCGGGAUCGAAGAAGAGAAGCGCGAGAGGGCGAAGAUAUUCGAGGACGAGAGAGCGGAGAGAGAGCGGCACCGCGUCGCGUUCGACGACAUGGUGGCGAAAGCGAAAGCGGACGCGGAGGAGAAGGCGGCGCGCGCGACGGAAGCCGGCGAACGUGAUGGAGACGAAGACGGAAACGCGCGCGAGGCGGAGGCGGACGACGACCGGUACCGGUUCAUGAGCGCGGAAGCGGAAUCCGAGGCGCGGAUGAUGUACGAGGACGGCGUUCCGGAGUGGAAGAUCGACGAGCUCAGGGACUUGGAGCAGCUGCCGUGGCAGAAGAAGAAGCUGGAGGAGAAGGCUGCCGCCGCGGCGGCGGCGGCGGCGGCGCGAGAGUUGACCCUCGACGACGACGCGGACCGCGUGAUCGAAGAAGACGACGCGCUGCCCGCGGCGCCGACCGUGCACGCGGGACGAGACGAGAUAGAUGACGAGAACGUGGACGUCGUCGUCGACGCAGACGCCGAGGACGCGACGACGACGGUCGCGGCGGCGGCGGAAGAAGAAGAGAAGGAAGCGGACCCCGUGUCCGUCGCGAUGCUGUGCGACGACGACAGCGGCUCCGACGCCGACGCCGACGUCCCCGUCGCGCUCCCCGUGGAGGAGGAGGAGGAGGACGGCGACGACCCGACGCCGCCGCCGCCGCCGCCGCCGCGACGUGUCGACGUCCGCGCAGAGUUGACCGCGCGCGCGACGGCGCCGCCGGGCGCCCUCGCGGCGGCGCGCGCGGCGACACGACGCGCGGAGCUCGAGAGGUUCGCGCGCGCGACGGACGCCAGCGGCGCCGGCGCCGGCGGCGGGUCGAUCCCGGGCGCCGAAACCGGCGAGUCGGGCGGCGGAGAGGGAUACUAUCGACAUUCUCCGGUCGUGUACGGCACCGCGGCGUACCGCGAGUUGUUCGCGCGGGCGGUGGCGCUCGGCGACGCGCGCGACGCCGCGGCGGCGGAGAAGGAGGACGAGGAGGACGAGGAGGACGACGACAGCGACGGCGACGGCGACGACGACGACGACGACGACGACGUGGACGCGUCCGUGGACGACGACCGCGAUCCGUUCGAGAGGUAUUCCGUGAAGACCGUCGCGGGGAAACCGGAGGAGGAGCACGGGUUGUGGGAUUUAGACUAA